UUCAACUAACUUUUGGGUUAUGAUUACCGUAUUUUCUCUAAUGAAAGCCACCCUCUGAUAAACGCCGCCCUUUUUUAAACACCGCAUCUUAAAAAGCGGCAUUCAUUAGAAAACACACCAAACAAGAAGUAACAAUUAGUUUACGCUUACUAUUGGAAAGCUAUGAAAGUUGUUAUGUCAUUGUGAUGAAGACUUUGAUGGAGACAGGGAUAUUGACAUUCCUUGACAUUCCUUCAACGUGAACACAUCUUUUGUGAAUUUUAAAAAAAAUUUCAGUCUUAAUUUUUUGGGAAAAAAACAUUUUUUAAAGUCUGUUUUUAUUUUUCUCGUCGCACUUUUUUUGUCAUUUUCCACUCAACACCCUUUUCAUUUUCUACUAAACGCCGCCCUCAAUUGAAUGCCGCUCCCAAAAUUUGGAUCUUGCAAUAAAAGCCGUGGCGUUCAUUAGAGGAAAAAAGGUAUGUCACGAUACAAACACAAAUCAGUAAAGAGCGAAAAGUAUGGACAACUCUAACAUAUCUCUCUGCUUUUAUCUUCAGGGCUUUUUUAACACACAAGGUAGGGAACAAUUGCCCUUCCAUCCCCAGUUUUAUUCCCUUUUCAUGAAAACAAACGUUGUCUUAAGCUGAAAUCAAUUCGAGAUAGCUAAUAUUAUCUAGACAGGGAAGAAUCUAGACACGUCUCAGGAAAUGCCAAGCCCUAACGUCUCAGGAAACUGCUUCCGAGUAAGACUUUUAGCUCAUUUCAGUUGAUUUUACAUAAGAUCCCACUUCUAGCAAGGAUUAUUAGAUUAAAACUGCAUAUGAUACAUAAAAAUACAGAUACGGAAAUUCAGACCAACAAGAUGACAAAUUUCUGAAGGAAUACGUAUGCGGGAAUUUCUUAAUAAAGAAGUUCACUCAGUGGGUAGACAUGCUCCAUAUCUAUUUUAUGCUUGAGAGAGGAGUAUUUAUUUCCCUCCUGUGGACUUCGGCGAAACAAAAAUUUCUCUCUCGAACACGAAAUUGACUUGGAGCAGGUCUACCCAGUAGGUAAACCAAUCGAUGAGAGCGAACCCCUUUGGUAAAAAACAAUAAUUUAGAUUUUUAUUUAUAAGAAGAGAUUCCAUAAAGUAAACAAUUUUCAUUUAAUUGAAUUAGAUAUGGCAGCUAGAUUUGGCUGGUAAUUAAUUCAAAAAUUAUUUUCUAAGAAUAUCAUUCAGUUAUAAGAAAUUAUAAACAAAUAUUAGCAGGUUGACAUAUCCAAAAAGAAAAAAUAGGAAUUGCUCUAGAUAGUGAGACCAGCAACAAGGCAUACCAAAUAACUCCGUCAAAAACACACCAGAGCACAAAACACCCGGGAGAACUCUUUUGAACCCCUAGUCUUCUCAAAAAGUUUUCACUGCAUUUUUGAAGUUCAUUCUCCACUGGACUGGCAAAAAGAACAAUGUUUUCAUAAUGUGUGAACAAUUUUUCGGCAGUACAGAACUUGAAACUGGCUUUAAAAAUGCAAGCAUUUCACACCAUACUGUAGGCUUUUUCGUCUGACACUCCUCAGAGUAUAAAACAUUAGAAUAAUGGUCCGAAAGAACAUGACAGAAAAUAUAUUCCCUGCUGUGGAUCGAAAUAGGCCAAUCAGAAAAACACAAGCACAAGACCGGCAUAGUCCUACAAUCAGUGCCGCGUGCCUAUAGAAAAAUUACCACUGGAGUCAACACAAUGGCGGUUUUUUGUUUCUGUAGAUCGAUUCCAAAACUGCUAAAUGGAAAGACGAUUGGGCUCUGCCAAUUAUCCGAAACAUGUCGUCAUUAUAUUAAAAAUUACCUAUAGGAAAAUUACCACUUGAGUCCAAGAGUACGUUAUAUACUCUGAGGAGUGUCAGACGAAAAAGAUUUUAGAAUGUUGUGAAAUGUUUGCUUUUUUCAAAGCAACUUUGAUUAAGAUUACAAUGCUGGAAAUCUCUGGUGUUUUUAUCUCAUGCUUUCAUGUUGUUCCAAACAGCAUCACCUGCUACAAAUGAUGCUUGCUGCAGGUAGUUGUAUAGGCAUAGCAGUCAGAAGGAGAAAGUAAAAGUGAUUGAAUUUGCAUUUCACUGGGUAAGCUGCGGUUUUUCCAAGGGUGCUUUUUCUGGCCUCCAAACAUAAGCCAACAAAUAAACCUGCCUUUCAGCUUGAUAGCUAACAACAUAUAUCUUGAAUAAGACCUGUAAUAUCAUUGUAUUGAUUAGCUGAAAGGGAACACCUUAAAACCUGGAAAAGACUGUAGUUCUAUAAGAUCACUACACAAGAAGAGUAAGGUAAGCAAAAAGAUAAAAGGUUACCAGUAAAAAAUCAAAGAAGUACAGAAAAUCAUGAUGAAAAAGAGCUUUACAACAUGCCAAACCCUAUUUGUCUUACUGAUGACCAGCAAAUGUCUUUGCUUAACAAGACUUCCGUGCAAAUUCUACGCUGACUUCAGCAUUAUCCUGAACAAUACUGCUGACACAGGGACAGUCAUGAAAACAAUUUCUUCAAGGACAGUGCGACAGUGCACCCUCGAAUGUCUUUCUUGGCCUAAGUGUCUCUCUCUGAAUUACAAUCGUGGGACGAUGACUUGUGAGCUACUGGAAAGAAGGUUCAACGAGAGCGUUCCAUUGUUGAUGCAAAGGGAAGGGCAGGUGUACAUGACAACAGACGCUGGGGAAAUAAAUAAUGGACCUGUUUGUGAAAUCAAAUCUCCUUGCGAAAAUGGCGCGAAGUGCGAAGAUACAUGUGAUGAAAAGGGGUACAAGUGCAUAUGCGCCCCACUUUACUACGGAACACAUUGUGACAAGUUGAAACAAGAUUGUGGAGACGUGAAAAAGUCUGGAGAAACAGUAAGCGGAGUCUACGAAAUUAAACCGGAUCACAAUUGGAAGGCCAACGUCUUUUGUGACUUUGUAUAUGGCAGUCAAGAUUGGAUCGUCUUUCAAAGAAGAAUAGACGCCAGUGUCGACUUUUAUCGAAACUGGGCGUCAUACAAAAAUGGAUUUGGGGUUACGAGUGGAAAUUUUUGGAUUGGACUUGAUACGUUGCACAGACUGGCUGCUCCAGGGAGAGGGGCUAUUCUACGGAUCGACAUGAAACACCGCAACAGUCCAACAACUCAGUAUUAUGCAAAGUAUUCUUCAUUUGAAGUUGGUGACGAGGCAUCUGGUUACAAACUGCUUUCACGUGGAUACUCAGGUAAUGCCGGUGAUUCCAUGGCGAUUCAUGAUGGCAUGAAAUUCACAACAUACGAUCAAGACAACGAUAAAUAUAGUGGGAAUUGUGCCAACACCUAUAAAGGAGGCUGGUGGUACAAUGUAUGUCACCUUGUGAAUUUAAAUGCACUUUUCCCAACAACAAGCACAACAAGUGCAGCAUACAUGAGUUGGUUUGGAAUUUAUGGAAGUCAUGGCAACAUAAUAUUUUCAGAAAUGAAGCUGAAAUAUCACAGGGGAUCUCGAUAAGACAGAGGAAUCUACAAAGGAGGAUUAUAUAGACUUGAUUUGGUGAUCUUUUGGAUGCUAAAAAGGUUGAUCUAGAGUGAUUUCAAUUAACGAACAUUGCUUUUAAAAUGAUCUUGCACCUUUCAGAGUAAUGUCGUUGUUGCUUUCCAAUGUUUGUUGCCAAGGAUUAUAUUCCAGUAAAUUGUUCCCGAUAGCAGAAUCGCAUGUUUUACUUGUAGUUUUAGAUGUAGAUUUAAAUACAAUUUUAGUUGUAGCAGAUCUAAAACUACAACUAAAACAUGCGAUUUUGCUAUUGGACCAGUGGUGGUUAUUAGCGGGACGAGGGGUUCAGUCCCUGGAGUCCAGAAGUCGACAAAAUUACCAUUCGGCAAAAUCUAGCAUUUGCUAUUUUGUAAUUUUCAACAACAAAAAUUCUGACAUUACUACUUCAGUCAUUUGGGAGCAUUGUUUCCAACAGCAUUCCUUUCCACAGAAAGCAAAGUAGAAUCGAUAUGGAGGAUAGGUCAAAUAUAUUGUCAGAGAAUCCUGAUUUUAACGCAAAACUCUGUGUGGUAUUUAAAAAAUCUUCCAAAAUCAACGAGAAAGGUGUAGAGGGAGAGUUAGUUGUGAAGCAAUGUACAUACAUGAAACCGGACUGUGUAAGGCCCUAAUCUGCAUAGAGCCUAUCAAAUACAUUUGCUAAAGCAGCCAGUGCUGAGGGGUCUCUCCCAAAACUAAAGACGAACAAGAUUAGUCAGCAACAACUCAAGGGGCUAUAGCUUCUCUCAACUGAAAACGAUAUUGAGAAAAAAAAAUAAAAGUCAAAACCAAAAUGUUUAAACAGCUUGCCUCGUGGAACGUUAGAGGUUUAUAACUCUUUGCUAAAAAUAGACUCUUUUGCAAACAUGUCAGAAAAGAGGCUGAAUUAAAAUAUUUCAAAUAAAGACUGAAGUAAGGGAUAUCUCAUCAAGUCCAUUUUGAGUUAACUAGGUAUUCUAAGUUUGCAUCAAGUUUGUGGGAGGUUUAGCUGAGAAGAACGGCAGUCAGAGGAAAGUUUAGCUUUUGCUGGACCGUGAAAGUCAUCACAUCACAUUUUGGAAAUAGCUCAAACUAAUUUGAGCCACACCAUUUACUAUGAGCCACAACAUUUUCCAUGUAGCAGUCGGCAAAAUUCAACACUGUUGCCCCCCUUGAAAUUUUAUGAAAAACCGCCACUGUAGCGGGCACCAUUUACUGGAAAACCCAGAAUUGCGAAAAAAAGUUAUAAUGUGACAUGUUUCGGAUUAUUGGUAAAGCCCGAUCGUCGUUUUAUUUAGCAGGUUUGGAAUCUAUCCACAUAAGCACGAAAAAACCGCUAUUUUGUAGACAAAAGGAGUUCGUUUUCACCUUAGGACUCCAUUGGUAGCAUUCUCAAUAGGCAAGCGGCACUGAUUGGGCAACUUCAACAAUCAUGUGCUCGCGUUUCUGAUUGGCCUAUUUCGAUCCACAAUUGGGUAUGUAUAUUUCCUAGCGUGGAGUUUUCAAUAUAUGAUCUGACGUUUUAUACUCUAAAGAGUGUCAGACAAAAACUUCAGUAUACUCAAAUGCUUGCUUUUUUCAUAGCCACAUUUAUUUGAUUGGAGUAGAAUAAGAUAAGAUACUAAAUGUCAUUUAACAUGACUCUGAAAGUUUUGAAUAUCUUCAGAGCUCCGUUCAUUCAAUACUCCGUUCAUUUCAUUUUUCACUUCAUUUUAUCUUUAUUACCCAUGGUAGCCUCUCAGUCGAGGACUGACCCAUGGUAGCCUCUCAGUGGAGGACUGACCCCUGGUAGCCUCUCAGUCGAGGACUGACCCAUGGUAGCCUCUCAGUCGAGGACUGAUUUACAGGGGGCCAUGCUAAAAUAUACAAACAAAUAUUUAGUUAAAAUUAACUUUAAAAAAUUAAACUAUUCCAUAAUGUAAUUACAAUCGUUAAAAGAAAUUUCUUAUACAUACAUUAAUAAUAAAGGAAAAGGAUGGUAUGAUUGGUUUUUCGUGAACAGUUUAUUAAUUUUUUAUCGCUUUCACAAAAUUCUUUAAAGUUGACGUAUUUUUGGACAUUUUAGAAAAAACCAUUCUAAAGUUUCGCACACUGGUAAGAGAAGCAUCUUUGUCCUGUGGUCAUUCUCAGAAGAGGGACUCUUAGGUCAUAAUCCGAAGUUCUGAGAGAACCUGUUGACUUUAGUAAACAUAUCAUAUAGGACAGUGCAUCACCAUUCAGGCAUUUGUUUGCAAUCCUAGCAGAUUCAAGAUCAAUUAUUUUCCUUACUGUGGACCAUCCAAGUGCACGACUGGGAGUGGCGAAGCAUCGAAUGGGCUGUUUUAGUGAUCAAUUUUGCCGCUUGAUUUUGCAGUUUUCGCAAUUUUCCUAUAAUUGAUAAACCAGCAUUACCCCAAAACACGCAGCAGUAUCUGAAAUAGAGCUCUAUUAGGCUUCUAUACAUUGUUUCAAUUGUAGCAGGCGUUGCGGAAGAUCUUGUUGUGCAUAACGAAGAAUGCCAAUACACCUGGAGAUUUUUUUGUGACAUUGGUUAAAUGAUUCGUCCAUUUGAGUUCUUGAUCCACAAGAACUCCGAGGUAUUUUACAUCACUUACAAGUUUGACAUCUUCAGAAUCUAUUCUAAACUGCGGCUUAUGGGCGUGAGGAGUGUCUAUCUUGCGUAGCUUUUUGUUGCUUCCGAUUAUCAUUGCUUCAGUUUUUGCAACGUUUAACGAAAAUUUGUUGCCUUCUAGCCAACCCUUCAAAGCUGUUAAAUCAGCAUUAGUGGCUUGAUUCAUUACAUAAACGGCGUACAUUGACACAUUUGAUUUUUCGAGUCAAUUUGGGAGAUCGUUGGUGUACACUAAGAAGAGAAAUGGUCCUAGGCAUGACCCUUGUGGUACACCGCAAUCUACCACCUCUGUUUUAGAAACCUAUCCGUUUACUUUGCAAUAUUGAUGCCUGUUUUCUAGAUAAGACUUAAACCUAUUGAAUACCGUCCCUUCUAGACCGUAAAAAUUUAGUUUUGUCAGCAAAAUUUCGUGAUUUACGGUGUCAAACCUUCUUUGAGAUCAAUAAAAAGGGCGGCCGUAUAUUCACCCCUAUCACUGUUCAUGUACCAAUCAUUCGUGCAUCUAAGAAGACAUGUUAAUACCGAGUGAAGGUUCCGGAAACCAGACUGCUAACAGAAUAUCAGUUGAUUUCUAUCGAAAUAGGAAUAUAACUGGCCAUAAACCAGUUUUUCAAACAAACGGGAAAUGGCCGAAAAAAAUGACAUGGGUCUACAGUUCGAUCUGUCAUCCUUGGGACUUUUUUGUGGAUAGGAGCUAUACUGGCGAUUUUAUAGCUGUCCAGAAAGCGACCGGUUGAAAGAGACAAGUUGAACAGCUGCGCAAGCGAAUAAUUCAAUGCCAACCUUGAAAAAGAACAGAGAUAAAAUCUGUACCAAAGCCAUUUAAUUUAAGUUUUUGUAUGCUUUUGUCACAUUUUUGGGGUUCAUAGGUACAAACGCAAAUAUUUCAAUGUUAAAAGAGAAUUCUCUUUGUUAGGGAUUUUAUCACUUAGGUCCUUUCCCACAUUACAGAAAAACAUAUUCCGUUAUAUGUCGGAUACUCUAUUUAUGUUGUAUCUCUGCAACUUCCUUCAAAUAGCUUUACUUCCAUACAAGUAGACACACCCUUUCGGCGCCUAUGAAAGCAAUCAUUGACUACAGCAUAACCAGUUUCCCCUGGCUUCACGUUGAAAAUGAAAACCAAAACCAAAAAGGAGAUGUUGAAUCGCCUUGAAGACAAUGCUUAAUGGACUGUGGGUAUCUGAUGAGCACGGAAGAGCAUGAUGCUGUGUGCAGGGAUGUUCUUGAUGAGAAAGCAAAGAGCUGUGAAGAAAAUAGUAAAAAAAAUUCAUAAGUUGAAGACUUGUGCCGAUUGGCUUUUAUUGAGACAAACAUAGUGCGAGAGCCGUUUCUUGAAUUUUCAUGCAUUGCAACUUUUUACCAAUUUCGACUGGUAACACCUUCCUUAGUAAUGAAUCGGCUAUUGGCAAACAAAAUAGUGUAUAGUCUAUACAAACAACAUUUAAAACUAUACUUUAGUUCACGAAUGCGUUGUAACAACUAUUAUAAAGGAUCUCUACCGCUCAAUUUUGCUCUUUCUUGGCUGUUUUCGAUUGUAGCUCAUAUUUAGACGUAUUUUGCUCUUGCGAAAUACCAUAAAAUUCACACGCAUUUUGUUUUAAAUGAUAAUUCAUCGUUUAUUUAUCAAUGUUAAUAAAUUAGACACUAACAUGGCUUUGAUAAAGCAAACAUUGCCACUCUAAAGUUUUGUACCACCAAAAAAUUGUUUAAAUUAAACUCUAUCAGCAGGUAAAAUUUAACAUUUUAAAGCCUAUCAAUUAUGGUGGAUUAAGGCCAAUUCAGGCCUGUUGUCUUUAUACAAUUUCCCUAUUAUAGGGCCUAUUAUAGGAAUUUUCUUCAUGGCGCAAUCGACACAGGAGUGGCACCAAUGCUCAAAGUCUUUGUACAUGCCAUGCCAAUAAUAUCGACUUCUAACUUUCUCAUACGUUUUGACAGUACUUAAAUGGCCAGCAGAUGGAUCAUAGUGACAUGCAACGAGAACAUCGUGUCGUAGAGAAGUGGGAAUCACCAACUGCGAGACAAGAGAAUGCACAUGGCGUUUGCCAGGUGUCCACCAAUGGCAAAGAAGGCCUCGUUCAUCAAGAUAAUACGAAUCAAUAGUAAGCAGCAAAUUGCGAGCUUGCGUGUCACUUGAAGGCAAUUGCGAAGUUUCGAGAUAUGCAAUAAUCAUAGCAAGAUCUUUAUCCUGACGCUGCAGAAAAUUGAGUGACUCUGCAGGUGGGCAAGGUGGAACAAGAACAGCAACAGACACAGAAAGCAUGCGACCCUUUUCAACAGAAGACAAAGGAGCAUCAUAAAGACGACGAGAAAGAGCGUCAGCAUUACCGUUCAAGCGUCCUGGACAAUUUCAAAAUCAUAUUGCUGAAGCUGUAGUGCCCGACGAGCUAAGCGACCAGUUGGAUCCUUGACAUUCAUAAGCCAAGAAAGGCUACCGUGAUCUGUAUGUACAUAAAAAUGAUUAGCGGACAAAUAAGGCUGGUACCUCUUUAUCCCGUUAACAACAGCAAGAGCUUCCCUCUCAGUAGUGCUGUACCGUUUUUCUGCACUGCUAAGUUCACGUCCACCAUAUGCAAUAACGUGUUCCUUCCCAUGUAUGACUUGACCAAGAACGUAUCCUAAAGCUGAUUGACUAGCGUCUGUAUACAAAUGGAAUGGUUCUGCAAAAUUUGGGUAUUGCAAAAUUGGAGGAGAGCACAAACGAAAUUUCAAAUCUUCGAAAGCUUGCUGACAUUCAGCAGUCCAAUGGAAAACAGUUUUUUCAUGCGUUAAACGAUUGAGUGGAGAAGCAAUAGCCGCAAAACCUUUAACAAAACGGCGGUAAUAGUUGCAUAGGCCAAGAAAACUACGGACGUCCUUAACACAUUUAGGCACUGGAAAAGACUUUACGGCAAUGAGUUUAUCUGGGUCAGGCAAUAUUCCAUCUGACGACACAACAAAUCCAAGAAAGUCAACCGACCUGCUAGCAAAGCGACAUUUCGAAGGCUUUAAUUUUAGAUUAGCUUUGCGCAAACGAUCAAAAACAAGGUUUAAACGUUCAAUAUGUUCAUCGAAUGUUGAAGAAAAUAUUAUUAUAUCGUCGAUAUAGAUAAAGCAUAUCUUCCAAUCAAGCCCGUGUAAGACUUUACCCAUCAAGCGCUGAAAAUUAGGUGGAGCAUUUGUUAGCCCAAAACUGAGAACAUUGAAUUCGUAUAACCCUGAAUGAGAUAUGAAGGCAGUUUUCUCCUUAGAAUUUGGAUGCAUAGCAACCUGGUG